ACGUAGUUAGUUUGUUUGAAAUCGUCCAACAUGAAGUAUAGGAACGGGAUCAUAAUAUUCGCGCUGUGUUUCAUAAAUAUUAUAGAUCAGUUAAAUGGUGCCAGAAUCUUAGGUGUGUUACAUAUACCAAUAUACAGUCAUCAUGUUCCAUUUCAACCAUUAUGGAAAGAAUUGAUCAAACGUGGCCAUGAAAUAGUGCUUAUAACGAGUAAACCUAUUUCCACUAUAAACUCAACGAAUUUUAAACAGAUCAAAUAUAAUGUCGAUCUCAAAUUCAUACAAUCAAAUUACAUCGAACUACGUAUGAAUCGCAAAUCCUUUAUAUCUUUUAUGAAAGACGAUGUGUAUAUCAUGCUUUUACAUAUAACAAAUAAAAUAUUUGAACAUCCGGAAGUUAAAAAACUUUACGCUCCAGAUAGUAAAGAAAAGUUCGAUCUAAUAAUGAUACAGAUGCUUAGCGCACCAGGUUUAUAUGCAUUUGCUGAGAGAUUUAAUGCUCCUGUUAUAGGAUUAAGCGCAUUUAGAUUGAUGGCGAUUGAGAAUUAUAUGUUAGGAAAUAUCGUGUUACCUUCUCACGAGAACACAUGGGAAAUGGAAUCGAACACAGGAAGUAAUUUGUCAUUUUGGCAGAGAUUGAACAAUUUUUACGUCAUGUGGAAUUUUAUUUACACAAUGAAUUAUAGAUGUUUUCCUGCUCAUCAACAGUUAGCUGAAAAAUACUUUGGCCCAUCUGUAUCUUCGAUUAAAGAUAUUAUGAAAAACACCAGUCUCGUGUUUGUUAACGAAAAUCAAAUUAUAUCAUAUGCACGACCAGAACUACCGAACAUAAUCAAGUUUCAUUCAAUCCAUGUUGCUGAUCAUUCGGAACCUUUGCCACAGGAUCUAAAAACAUUCGUUGAUAAUGCAACAAAUGGCUUCAUCUAUUUUUCAAUGGGCCACACUAUGAAUUUUUCAAUUAUUUCAAAUAGUAUUCAAGAAAUCUUUUACGAUGUAUUUGAAAAAUUGCCUUACAAGGUAGUAUGGAAAUAUGACAAAGAACCAUUACGAAAAAUUAAAAAUGCUUAUAUUACAAAAUGGUUGCCUCAAAAAAGUGUGCUCGCUCAUCCAAAUAUCAAGCUUUAUAUUUACCAAGGAGGAUUGCAAAGUACUCAAGAAGCUAUAUAUCAUGAAGUACCAGUUCUCGGUAUACCAAUAUUUUCCGAUCAGGAAAAUCAAGUAAAAAUAGCAGUAAAUCAUGGUAUUGCAAAAGAUUUAAACAUUGAAACUUUGACGAGAGAUAAAUUGGAAUCUGCUAUUCGAGAAAUGAUUAAUAAUAAGCAAUAUAAGAAAAAUAUAAUAAAUCUUCGAAAACUUAUGAAUGAUUUGCCAUACGAUUCAUUAAAUAUUCUUAUUUGGUGGACAGAAUACGUGAUUCGACACAAAGGUGCUCCGUAUUUUCGAAGCAAUUUAGCUUGGCAAUCGUGGUAUCAGUACUGCGAUAAUGAUAUUAUAGUAUUUUUAAGUUUCACAGUAUUUUUAAUUGCUUAUACUAUAAUUAAAAUCAUUAGAAAGCUUAUUUCAUACAUGCAUAAACUUUCUAUAGAUCAAAAGAAGAAGACAAAUUAAUUCAUUCUCCAUUCGAUAUAAAAUAUUAAAAUUAAUUAAAUGAUUUCAUAAUAAUAAAUAUAUUGUUCGUAACAUAAAUUUUUUUUUUUAGAUUAGGAAUAGAAUUAGGAGUUGGAUUAGGAGUAUGUUUAUGAGUUAUCUAACGAUCAAAUAAUAUAACAUAAUCAUAAUGUCGAUAUAUUGAUAAAUUUUUCAAAAUUUCAAAA